AUGCCGAAGGGGCGGCGCGGCCGCCAGAGCCCCACGAUGAGCCAGCGGCCAGCCCCGCCCCUCUAUUUCCCCUCCCUCUACGAUCGUGGUAUCUCCACGUCCCCUCUUAGUGACUUCAACAUCUGGAAGAAGCUCUUUGUGCCGGUGAAGGCGGGUGGGGCGGCGGGGGGCCGGUCCCUGCCCCAGGGGCCCGCGGCCCCGAUGCCCCCGCCGCCGCCACCGGGCCUGGGUCCCCCCAGCGUGCGGCCCUGGCCCUCGCCCUGGCCCUCUGGCCUGGCCUCCAUCCCCUAUGAGCCUCUGCGCUUCUUCUACUCGCCGCCGCCCGGGCCCGAGGUGGCGGCCUCGGCCCUGGCCCCUGGCCCCACGACCUCCCGGCUCGUCUCUGCCUCCCACCCCGAGGAGCUGUGCGAGCUGGAGAUCCGUAUUAAGGAGCUGGAGCUGCUCACCAUCACUGGGGACGGCUUCGACUCCCAGCGCUAUAAGUUCUUGAAGGCGCUGAAAGAUGAAAAAUUACAAGGACUGAAGACCAGGCAGCCUGGAAAGAAGUCAGCCUCUCUCUCCUGAGGCGCUGCCCACCAGAACCUGGGCAGCCACCUCCUUAGGUGUUAGUGCUUAGAUAAUGUGUCCUGUUAGUUGUCAUUUCAAAAUCGUUAUUUUCUGUUCUGUAUUUACUGCUGUUCUUAUUGCUCCCAGCAUGUACUCCACAUACAGUGCUCACUUAAGUGGUAAAUCUCAUGGUGUCUCUCCUCUCUGUGCUGUUGCUGGGGGAACUUUCUCACAGGGUCUGGAAGCUGCUGCCCCGCCAGCAGUCAGGGGUCCCUAAGGCUAGGGGAGGGCACUCCCUGCACUGCCA